UGAACCGUUCAUUGACCGUGAUCAAUUAUAGAUGAUUUUAAAACCGAUGCACAUCGCUUGGUAGGUCACCCAGUACUCCCUUUACAAUGAAAAAYCAAUGAUUUUUUCCGCACGCUAAAUUUUCGCAAGCUUUUUGAACUUCAWGGCUAUGGGUGAAGACCUUCUUUCUUUCCAUGUUGUUAUUUGUAUUCUCGUUUUACUGGUUGCCUCUUUAGAAACUUCAUCUGCGAAGCCUUCACAAGGUCUACGCCAAGAAAGUAACUUUUUAAUACAAAGCGAUUUUAAAGACCCAUCCCUUUCGAUCCCAGAUAGUGCRGUAUGGGAUGCAACUGGGUCGGGAUCUGGGAACGAAGAUGGAGUCGAGGCUAAAACUGACAAAAUCAGUGAAACCAGGGUUAAGAAACUGGGKUUAAAAGAAAAUGAACCUGAAAAUCAKCCAAAUGCAGAUCAUCCUCAGAUUGCGGCUGGAAAGACUGAAGUCGAGGUUGUUGAGGUUAAAGAUGACAGCAAUCAACCUGUAACCGAGGCUAAGGUGACGAACRCCGAUCACGUGAGUGAUGCUGUCACCGAAGUCUUUCAAUCUCGAGAAGAGACAAAAUCACCUCAUACCGAGGCAAAACCAGUAUCUGAUAUCGAGACUAUUAGGACGCAAAGUACAGCUUCUCCGCCAACGACGUCAAUGCCAAAAUUUGAAACAACAUCUCAAGAAAUAAGAUGGAAAUUCAACAAGGCGCGAAAUUCAUUAAAGAAAGCAAAGCAAUAUGUGGAACUGGCAGAGCUUAUAGCAAAGAAGAAACACAGGAAGACGACCAAGAACGAGCAAGAUGUUAAAAACAUUAUUACGAAGACAGAGGUUGCACUAGUUCAUGCGGGUGAGAAAAUAGGGCUUGAUUAUGUACACUACAAGAGAAGUAUUCCGGACGAUGAAGAUGACUACGAAUGAUUAUCGAUUGAUAGGAUAGAAUGCUUUACGAGGAAGUAUCGACUGCGCACAGAGCGAUUCAACUAGGGUGUUUUCAUCCAAUGUCGCCAUUUAAAGAACAUUGUGGUCUUGGUAGUAUGCGACGCCAUAAUACAAAUCGCCUACUCGGAGUUAAGCAAGAAAUUACAUCCUCGCUCCACGAUCGAUAAAAGUCAUAAAAGAUAUGUGGAGGAAUUCCAGUUCAUUUAAUACGUCUAAAGCAUCCGAUAAGCCAUGUGGGAAGGGUUCGCUAUAACAUACACAAUACGCAUGAUCAAGUUUGACUAUAAUGUUUAUUUUGUAUUAUAAUAUAUUUUUCCACCCUCAUCGGGCGUAUAUUAAUAUAUUCCUAUACUCCCAUCAUUCACUUCUCGAUUAUUUCACCAACUGAAACUUAAGGAAACUUAAGUAAUAGUGCAACYCGUAAAAGCGAACACCUUAUAUUCAGAAUAUUGGCCGUUUAAUACGAGGUGGUCGCUUUGAGAGGUCUGUCUGUUAAUAAAAUACAGGACUGAUUGUAUAAAGAUGGACAUAAGGUAUUAAACCCGUGAAAUAGUAUCUAUAAGUUUUGAUUGAGGGGUCUAGGUGUAGUUACCAUAAACCCAUGAAAUAGUAUCUAUUAAUUUUGAUUAUAAAGUAGUUACCAUAGUCCUGUGAAAUGUAUAUAAGACUAAUACACCUUAGUAGUCUCUAAUUCCAUUGUUUUCUUUUGUGUCUAUUUGACUAUUAAACCUUGACUGUUAGA